AUGAGCAAUGAAAUCCCCCGUCGUUUGCAGUGCAUCGGACCCUGCGACUGUCAAGAGUUCUUCUCUAAUGUCACCCAAUUGCAAGGUCCAAGCCAUCUCCAGCACCUGGUUUGUCUCGCAUGUGACCAUCCAUGGUAUUCCCACCUCGCACCGGAUGUCACCGCUACGGAUCCCUUAUUUGCCCACCGACGUAGAGGGCUACCGACCAAAAAUUGCCAGGGUUUUUACCCUCUGGUAAGGGCGGUCAUUCUGAGCCCACAGUGGAAUCCUAAAACGCUGUGUGUCUGCAACGGAGAGUGGAAGUCCCACCUCUCCUACCAUGCAGGAACCCCUGUUGAGAGUGCUACAGCAGGGUCCCAGGUUCGAACCGACCCUCCUGUCCCAACCCCGGUUCCUCUGCCUGCACCUGCACCUGCACCUGCGGUGCCGGCCUCCCUAACCAAAAGAAUAGUUGGGCUGCCGCCUCCCAUCGCCGCAAUUCGAAGCUUGGCGACUCUUCAGCCUGAGGAAGCGAACCAACUCCGAUUGGCGGCUGCUCUGCAUACUCUACCUCAACAUCAGCCAGUGGCAUCCCACAGCAAGACAAAGGUCAAGAACAGAGCCAAGGUGACUGGAGCCAAUCCCACCCCCAAUCGUCUGGAUUGUGAUAUCAUGAUCUGUCCUAACGUGGGCAAUCCAUCCCAUGGGCCAGAGGACGGUUAUGGCUAUCAGCAACUGUGUCUUCAUGUUGAUCAAACUACCAAUGCCUACGACAAGGUCUUUAUUCCCAACUGGCUGUUCGUGCAUGCGACUUUUCAGCCUGGUGACCUCCUUCUCACCCAAGUAUACAACGAGUUGAAGAUGGCGGCCCGUCUGGGUAAGUACACGGUACCCGGACUGGAGGAAUUUGACAUCCACAAUGAACCCAUUGAUUAUGAUUCUGAGUUUUCUUGGGUGUUCCUUUCCUGCAAGCGAGACGGCCCUCAUUACCGUUUCUCUCCUGAUCCCAACCUCGGACCUGGACCUGACAGAUUUAAUGCCAUCGCAAUCCUACAGAUGGGAUGCUCUUUUGUACCUUUGCGAGGAAAUCGGGGAGAUCGUUUCUUCCUUGUGGUUGCGCCUCGUUUCGGCAACAUUACUGGUCCCAUUGAGAAGCUGUUGGAACCCGAGUCUGGCGUUGUCGAACCCGAACAGGAUCAUGACUGUUUCGCCUAUCGCGUCCUUUACGAGGCCGGACAUGGUUUCUACAGAAAGCAUGCAAUCCGCGGUAACAAUCCUCUUCCGGCUUGGCCAUCCAGAGUUACAUGUCUUUCCACCUGCCCCCUCGGCUUCGAAGAAGAACAUGCGAAUGAUAGCGUGCUAAUUGAGGAGGUAACCACUGACCUCACACCAGACGGCAUUCUGAGGAUGACUCCCGGCCCUCGAUCCUCAAGUUGGUCACCUCCUCCUGUGGAAACGCGGGCUACCUACAACGAGGUCAUCCAUCGAUCCAUAUAUGAGGCAUUCAAGAUAUCCGGGACGAGUGUUCCCACUGUCGCAAAAAUAUUGUGGGACUGGUUCCUGCACACGGUCGACAAGCCUGGUUCGACCUUCCCCCAGGAUGAUUAUGCAGAGGUGACAGUGUUCACUCUCACUGAGCCCAAUUUCGACAUGAUCAGCCUCUUCCACCAGUUUACCUGGAAUCACCAGUUCAGAGUUGGAGAAGCCAUAGGACCUGGCCCUGAGCAUACCAGCUGGCAGGCGGCACUGAGUCUGAUGGUUGCAGACCCCCGAUACUGGCAUCAGCGGGUGAGUGGGCGAUUGAUUGCUCUUGCAUUGCUGCACCUCACCCAGGGCUUUGUAACCUCACCCUGGGUUGUCCUGGCAUUGGUUGGGGGGGUCGAUGCAUUUGGCGCUCUUACUCUGGACAAAAUCAAGGCCAUCUCCCUGUCAGAUGCUGCGACGGUCAGUUGCUGGUACGAUGUUGAUGCUUCCACCCGUCUCGACACGUCCUAUGCCAAGUUUGACGAUCUCAGAGCUCUGUUUGCUGAUGCAUUGUCGGCGGAUGUCAUGGAGUUUGCUGCGCCCCGAUCACAAGCGGUACACAGAGGCUUGUUGGCGCAACUGAACGCUCACAUCCUCCUUGAUGAUGACAUCUUUUGGACACACCCCGACCUGGACGCCCUUUGUUCGGGGUUUGACUGGUGCCUAAGCUGGGAUACCUCUGAGGGGACAUCCUUCCUGAAGGUUAUGCAAUCGUUCCCCAGGAUGCCGCUAAUGGGGCGCUUGUACACUCCCUUUAUUGAUAUCAACGAGGUAAUUGAAAGGCUGAGAUAUGAGGGCCCCCAGUUAGAAGAGUUGCCGAUGGAUGUGUAUCAACGUUCGGUUGUGCUGCUCUUCCGCCAUCGGCUCGAAGGAUAUCUAAGAGGUAGCGGACAUCCACCUUCCGCUCGUGGAGAGUUAGUCACAUCGACCAUUUUCAAUCAAGAGAAAGACGAUCCUCUAGUUUGUGGGCGCUUGCUUCUCGACGCUACCUGGGCGGUACCCCGUCCUCCCAUGCAGCCUCACUGGAGCAUCACAUUUAUGUACAGGUUCAAAAGCGCCAAUGAAAUGGUUGGCACCUCCCUCAGUCUACAUACAUGCACUGGCGAGGUAAAUGUCGUCUUCACACCGGAGCUCGUCAGUAUGCUCGCGCUCCCCGGUAACCCAGACAACCAUCCGUCAUAUGGCUUCUUUCAUGGACAGUGCCUGCGUUCGGUUCAACAGUACUCCUGUGUUUGA